CUUCAGGGACACCCCUCCCUCCUCAUCCAGGGUUCCAAAAAGAGAAGUGUUUGCCGUGAUUCGUGCUAUCUCAGAGUGUAUUGCAAGCCUGGGUCCACGUGUUGUCAUGCGUCAGAUACGUGUAAAGAAAAAUAAGUUGAGCAGAACCAUCUCCAAGGACCAACUUCGCCUCUGCAAAGUCCUGGCCAGGAGACGCAUCCCUGAACUUCUUGAUGAACUGUCUGAGGACCCCAACCCGGAGGCGCGAAGGAGAUAUUUUGGGUACCUCAGUGUUUACUUAGCAAGCCUAUAUGGACACCGCACCGGUGUUCUAAAGAAUAUGACGGUCUCCGAGGUUGAUGAAGCCCAGAAGGAAGCCACAGUCGGGCAAGCGGGCUUUGUGAUCAAUGUGAAGGAACACAAAACCAACCGUGCGUUUGGCCCCGCACAGCUCUACUUAACUGUAGAGGAAUUCUCAUGGGUGGAGCAGUGGAUGAUCAUCAGACAGAAACUAAACCCACCCACAGACCUUCUUCUCUUCACCGAAAACUUCACAAAAAUCGAGAAACUCAUCGUGCCGAUGCAAGCCGCCUGGCGUGACAUGGGUUUUCCUGGGCGUCCCACAUUCACAGACUUCCGAACAUCAAUAGCCACAUACGCAAGGAAUACUUUGUCUCCAAGUGACCGGAUCAACAUUUCAAAGACCAUGUGUCAUGACACGCGGACAGCAGACAAAUUCUACGCGCUCCACCGCACCGCGUCAGAGCUGGCUCGGAUCCGUCAGAAUUUCGAGGCAGCCGUCAAGCCACCACGUACGACGGUACAUGACACUGCCGAACCUUCCCUCCUCUCCAUGUCAGAAUCAUCAGGUGAUGGUGUUGAGGAGGAAGCGGACUGCGCGCCUCCCACCCCGCCUGCCGGUCCUUCGCCCGGUGCUGUGCCGUCCUCACCAACAUCCAGUCAGGCCACUGGAUCAACAAGCCCUGAUCACGCUUCUGAGAGCGACGUUGACUACACUGUUGACAGCGAGUCUGACCAAACCUCCGAGAGCGAGUCUGACCAAACCUCCGAGAGCGAGUCUGACCAAACCUCCGAGAGCGAGUCUGACCAAACCUCCGAGAGCGAGUCUGACCAAACCUCCGAGAGCGAGUCUGACCAAACCUCCGAGAGCGUGUCUGACCAAACCUCCGAGAGCGUGUCUGACCAAACCUCCGAGAGCGUGUCUGACCAAACCUCCGAGAGCGUGUCUGACCAAACCUCCGAGAGCGUGUCUGACCAAACUUCUGAAUACACUUCGGAGAGCGACCCUUCAUAUGAACCACGUAGAGGGACCCAACAACCCAGAAGAAAGAGACCAUUGUUUACCUACACGUUGAGAAAAAGACAACCAGGGCGCAGCCAAAGUGUACGUGUGCUGAGAUCCAGAAAAACAGUAAAAAAAAUAAUAAAAAAAUAAAUAAAUCAA